AUGACCGUCAACAUGUCGUGGAAGCACCGAGAGGCGAUCGUCCCACCCGCAACAAUGGACAAUGUCCUGGCACCUCUAAAGUCGCACAUGCAUGGAGCUCGCAUCUGGACCCACAACUUCUGCCAUGGCAAGGGUGCAAGCAGUCCUGAACCAAUUCACGCAGCGCACCCGCGUUCAUUGAGCCCGACUUGGAGUAAUAAACCACGAAUGGGUGAGACGAGCAGACAGAAGCACCGCUUCUCCUUUCGGCAGCUGUUCAAGCACGAGCGUCGGAACCGAGUCGAACACAAGACAGCGGCAAUGGACGUCGUCGUGCCGCCCGUGUCGAUUCCCAAUACCUACCUCACCCGAGAGAAGCAAGGCCGCGUCACAGUGAGUGGCAAGCGUGUACCAUUCACACGCGACGCUCACAAGCGCAAGAGGAAGGUGGGUAAGCCCUUGCCGUGUAUCAAAGAAGACCAUGCACUCGUGCCCGUCAACCCGUCACUCGAGGCCUAUCGUCGUCGUGCCUACUACCCCGCAAAGAAGGUGAAGGCCAAGAAGUUGCGACCCAGCGCACAUUCAGUAUAG